AUGUAUCAUCAUGACCUCCUGUUCUUCUUUUUGUCACCAGGAUCUGUUUUUACCCUAAAAGUUCAAGUAAAUGACGUCAUCAGCCAUCAGUACCUGCGACAAGCGGUGGUAGAGGUGUUUGUUAACUACAGCCUGACAAAUUCUACUCUUACUGGGAACAAUGGAGCAGUGCUGGUAAAAGUCCCCUACAAAUUGGGAUUAAGCCUAACUAUUGUCUCAUACAAGGAUGGCUACCUGCUGACACCUUUGCCUUGGAAGACUGCGAGAAUGCCAAUCUACUCGUCCGUGACGCUCUCAUUAUUCCCACAAAGUCAAGCUAAUAUAUGGCUGUUUGAAGAUACUGUCUUAAUUACUGGGAAACUGUCUGAUGCCAGAUCUCAACCGAGUGUUCAGUUUCCAAAAUCUUUAAUGAAGCUUCCAACAAAUCACAUUGCAAAUGUUACAGCCUAUCUGACAGUGCCAGAGCAAUUUUUGAAAGUGGACAGCUUUCUCUAUACAACAGGAAUUAUUCUAAAUAAAUCAGGUUUCAAAAGCAUGGAAUUAACUCCUAUUGCUGCCAUAUGUGCAAAUGUUCUUUUGGCUGGGAAAGAACUGAACAUAAAGGGUCCCAUUCAGAUUACACUUCCUCUUCCCACAACUACUGUAAAAUCAGGAGAUGCUGUACCUGCCUGGACAUUUGAUAUGAAAAUUGGUGCUUGGGUAAACCGUGGGCUAGGAAUGGUGAAGGAACUGGAAGGCCAGUUAGUAUGGACAUACACUGCUCAGCACUUGGGCUACUGGAUAGCAGCUCCACUGCCUGGAACAAGAGAAUCCAUUAUUAGUGCUGUUUCCAAGGACAUAACAGCGUAUCACACCGUGUUCCUUACGGCCAUACUGGGAGGAACUGUUGUCAUUAUCAUUGGAUUUUUUGCUGUUCUUCUUUGUUACUGCAGGGAUAAAUGUCGUCGGACACAGAAGAAGGAAAAAAACUCAACCAAGCUGGAGGUCAUAAAAAAAGACCAGACAACGUCAACAACUCACAUAAAUCACAUCAGUGCUGUCAAAGGGUCUCUGAAGCUGGAGGAUAAAUCCCAGUUAUAUACACCGAAGAUUUCUUCAUACAGCCCUCAAAGGAGGCUGUCCAUAGACACAGAAGAUGGAAAAUCACAAGACAAUUUUAAAAUCUACUCAGAGGAUGCUUCUUAUCAGUCAUCCUGUCAGACUGGUCAGGCAGGAAAUUCAGCCCAUUCAGUGGAGCCUAGUGCUGGAGUGAGGCUUUUACAGCAGCCAAAGCACAGUAACAGUACUGUUUCCCAGGCUCCUAGGGACAUUCCAGACCAAAAUAGGUACCUUUCACUGAAAGAGGAGAUGUAUGGGCUUUCCCAUAUCCCAGAACAUUUAAUGCAUAUUUACAAUCAGCCCAUUGCUAUUCUUCAAACCUCAGACCUUUUCCACUCCCCAGAACAACUGCAUCCUGCUAAAUCAGCAACUUUGCCAAGGAAAGGGCAGCUGGUGUAUGGCCCCAUGAUGGAACCCAUGAAUCGGGACACUUACAUGCAAACACUGCCCAAAAUGCCAGUGCACUCUCAUCCCCAGCCUUCUGCCUGCAGAGAUGAGAACAGUGCCCUGGAUGGUGAAGAGGGCUUGCCCUCCCAAACAACCAACUGGGGCCGGUACACUAACAGCUUACUGGAAUCUGUCUCUGUUCCUGGGACACUGAACGAAGCAGUUGUAAUGACUCCAUUUUCAUCCGAACUUCAAGGGAUUUCAGAGCAAACGCUGCUGGAGCUCUCUAAAGGAAAACCAUCUCCGCAUCCUCGAGCAUGGUUUGUGUCCUUGGAUGGGAAGCCAAUUGCUCAAGUGAGGCAUUCUUUCAUAGAUCUGAAAAAGGGCAAAAAAACUGAGAGUAAUGAUACCAGUCUGGACUCUGGUGUGGACAUGAAUGAGCAUCAUCCUAACAGGAAACUGGAGAGAGAGAAAACUUUCAUUAAAAGUAUGCCACAUUCUAAGAUUCUUUACUUGGAAGAUCUGGAUCUGAGUAGCAGUGAAAGUGGGACCACAGUUUGCACUCCAGAGGACCAGGCUGUGAGACACAUUAUAGAAGGAGGGAAAGGGUCAGUCCUAGAACAACAUAAUGAGGAAGGUCUAAGGAAAAAAUCUCUACCAGGAAGUCAUGAAUCUGGUAUCCCUUCUGCUAAAAUAAGGGAUAGACCACCUCUCAUGAAAAGGGAUAGCAAAACCAAUAUCUGGAAGAAAAGAGAGGAGAGGCCGCUUAUUCCUAUAAAUUAAAACACAAUGUGCUUUGUGCUGUUGCUCUCCCUGCUGGUUGUUGAUCUCUUGCCUGCUUCUGUAAUUCUGCAGUGUUGGGUUUACAAGGGAAAUGUUGUUUUCUAGUAUCAAGAAAAGUUUCAUUUUUUAGCAUA